AUGAGCGCAUUUUGGGGACGCUUGAAUGCUCAUCGGCCAUCAUUGGCAAAGAUCUCAACUAAGGACAGCGAUGAAGAUGAAAACUGCCCGCCAGAAACCAAAAAUGAAGUAUUUGAGUUGUUUGCUAAAUCAACAAAAGUUAAAGAACGUUCCAGCCGUGUGUACGGCAGUGAUCGGGAUUUAUAUCGGCCAAUACUGAAACGUGACCUUGGGAAGCAGAGCAGAAAAAUGUCAACUCUUCCACGGCUGCCAAAAAAUGAUACCGGUCUACGUGAACGUUCUGCAUCGCCUCAAGUUGCAUUUGAGUUGCACAAAAAAGCAAAUUUAGAAGAUAAAAUUGAAGAGACAGAAAGUAACAAAUUUUUGAGUCCAACAGAUGUUGCUGCAAGUGGGUCAACAGUUACGGAACCUCUUACUGUUGAGGUUUGUCUUAUCAAACUUCUGCUUUUAGUUUAUUUAAUCAUCAUCAAAAUGGAUUUAUCUGUGAAAUCCAACCAUAGAUAG